AUGGGUCAACCACCGCCGAGUCGCGCCCCGUCGGCAACAAAGCCAAAGCAAGCUAAGGCCCCGUGUCGAUUUCAUGCAAAAGGAGAGUGCCGGAAAGGUGCCAGUUGUACAUUUUCCCACGCUGGAGAGGGUCUAGCUGCGCUGCCCGACCUGGAAGCGCUUCGAAUCUCCAAGCCGUCCAGAAAUGCCAACUCGUCCGACACAAACUUGCUUGCUGCGUUGGACGCAGACAAGAUAUUAACCAGAGACCUCGUCGGUCCCUUCUUCUCUGUCGAUGUCGAGUGCGUGGCCACGGGCACUGGAUACGGGGACCGCGACGUCGCUCGCAUUGCAGUCGUGGACGAAAACGAAGUUACCGUGUUCGACUCGUACGUUAAGCCGGACAAGCCCAUCGUAAGCUACCUCACGCAGCUCACUGGCAUCACGGCAGAGCACUUGACCGAUGCGAAUUCCCUCGCCGACGUGAUCGCAGACUUGAAAAAAGUGCUUCCAUCACAGUGUGUUCUCGUGGGCCAGUCUGUCGACAAGGACGCGCACUGGCUGGGGCUGCAACCAGCCGUCGACUUCCGCGUCCUCUUCAACGUCGCCGACCUCUUCCGCGUCCCUACCACCUCCAAGUCGUACAACUACCGGUACUUUUCACUGCGCCACGUGGCCAAGUACUUGCUGGAAGCCACCAUUCAGGAAAGCGACCACGAUCCCGUGGUCGACGCCGUGUACGCGAUGAAGAUCUUCAAACGCUUCCGGUACUUGCACGAAUCAUCGGGCCACCGCCAAGCGGUACUGCAGACGCUGCUGAAAACGCCGCGAACGCCGUCCUUUGCGGAGCGGUUUCCCGUCCUCGAUGGCGUGCUUAUGGCCCGACCGAAGGAAGAACGAGGUGCUUUGAUGGACUAG